AUGCUUCACGGUUGCCGCCUCCACCCAGCAACCGAUCAUAGACUCAGCUCGGUUUUAGGCGUGAUCCAGGACCGUCUCGACUUGCCAUUUGAGCUGGAUGUGACCAAGCUCAAGACUGAUUGUUUAGGUCGUUCGACCUUGAACCCGGAGACGGGAUGCACCGCAAACCCGCGAGGGAGGACCCACACAUUCAUCGGCGCAACGAGGCUGAAAGUCUCGGCCUCGACGAACAAGACACCCGCCAAGGCUCUGGCCUACUUCCACAAGCAAAUCCGCGACCACUCUUUUUUCGAAAAGUUCAAAGAGGACUUCAAGGAAUUGGAGGAAGCUCGGCGCGAUGUCCACGACCGAUACAAAUCUGACGACCCGGCAAUCAUGAGCAAACAUGCGUUGCGGUGGUGCAAUGCAUACAGUGGCGAUUGGGUGAAGAAUGCGAACACGGCCCAACAUGUUCGGGAGAAGUGA